AUGUUUCCUGGAGGAGGCUACGGUCGCGGAGGUCAAUAUUUUGGCCCCGCUUAUGACCUCUACGGCGAAGGCGGAAGCCGUGGUGGAGGAUGGGGACGAGGGCGUCGGCAAAGACGUCGACGUGGACAUGGUGCGGGAUGGCAGGGAGGCAGAGGAGGCUUCCCAGCUGCUCACUUAGGGCAGAACCAUGGCCAAGGCUAUGGCCAGGAGGACUACGAGGAGGAGGACUACGGCCAAGAGGGCUACGAUGGAAACCAGAAUGGAGGCCAAGAUCUGCGUGAACAGCUCCGGCAACGCGACGAAGCUCUGCGGAGCAAAGAGGAAGAGGUUAGGUCCUUGCGCCGUGCCCUGGCAGAGAAGAACGAGGCCUUUCAGAGCAAAGUGGAGGAGCUCGAGUCGGUGCGUGGCACUCUGGCUGAAAUGAACGAGGCCAACAAGAGGUUGGAGAAAGAGAAAGAUCAGGUCAUUGCCCAGAAGAACGGCAAGAUCCGGUCAGCCGAGGCACAGCGCGAGUCGGCGAUACAGGCUCGAAGUGACCUAAGAAGCAAGGCGGUUCGCAUCAUUAAGGAUCUCCAAGGAAAGGAAGCCGAGGCCAAGAAAGAUGCUGCUCAGGCCAGGACAGAGCUCCAAUCGGCGAAUGAGGUGGUUGCUGAGCAAACUGCUCAGAUCGAGGCCCUACAGAACAUGCUCAAGGACCAUGAGGAUGGUAUGCAUCGUUCAAGCACUCAGGGUGCUGCUACUGUGCCUGGGCCUGAGGUUGAGCUUCUCACUGAGGCUAGCGAGUACACACAAGCCCAUGACACUAUUACAAGAUGGAAAGAGUGGUUUCAGUUCGUCGAAGAUGAUGAGUUUCACGAUGCCAGAACCAUGGCGGACCUGGUUGCCAUCCUGGCCGAAGCCCAACCCAGGGGAAGGCUCUAUGAGUUCUUAACGGUGGGGCCCCUUGAUGAGUGGUUGUGCCUUUCGCGCGUCUGCGAGAACAAAUUCGCCAUCACCGCUAACCUUUGCUGCCGGGCGCCCGGUGGUUAUGGUGUGGCGUGCCGGGCGGUAAUGGUGACGAUUAUCGAUUCGAUGCAGUUGGUGGACGCCCUUGAGAGGGUAUGGCAUGGAAGGGCCAAGAUGAUGAAGCAGUCCAUCAUUGGGACUCUUUCGCUGGCGAGAGAUGCCUGGAAAGGGGGCUGCCGCUCCAUGGUGGGUGUAUCAUUCAGCGGGAUUAAGCCCAUGCCUGAGAAGGAAUCGCAGCCGCGUCGAUCCACUAGAGUCUGGAGGGGGACUAAGAGGAGGACUGAAGGCAAAUUCUCAGUCAAGACCACGGCCGACCGAGCGGCGUAG